GCUGUAGUUAUUUUGCUACUUGUUUCGUGUCAGGAAUAUUAUAACUUCAUGUCGGCCGCAGUAUUUUUUGCCGCGGUGUUAGGCGGUGGGUUUAUAAUAAUUGCUCGCUGUUUUUUCAACAGGGCAUCAAAAUCCCAAAUAAUGUCUUUUUCCAAAGGCAUAAUGCAUGGAAAAACAGUUCUUGUUACGGGGGCAAACAGUGGUAUCGGCAAGGCCACUGCAGGCGAACUCUUGAAGCUCCACGCCAGGGUGAUCAUGGCUUGCCGGGAUAAGUCGACAGCUGAACAGGCUGCUACAGAGCUGCUUCAGGAGGUCGGUCCGGAUAGAGGCGAAAUAGUAAUAAAACACCUGGAUCUUGCAUCGUUAAAGUCUGUCCAUAACUUCUGUGAGGAGAUAAUCAAGGAAGAAUCAAGACUGGAUGUUCUAAUCAACAAUGCUGGAGUGUUCCAGUGCCCGUACACAAAAACAGAAGAUGGUUUUGAGAUGCAAUUUGGAGUCAACCAUUUAGGUCAUUUUCUUUUAACCAAUCUUCUUUUGGACCUUCUGAAAGCAUCUUCUCCCAGCAGGAUUAUAGUAGUGUCCUCAAAACUUUACAAAUAUGGGGAAAUCAAUUUUAAUGACUUGAACAGUGAACAGAAUUACAACAAAGGUUUUGCAUAUAGUAGGAGUAAGCUUGCCAAUUUACUGUUCACACAUGAGCUAGCAAAAUGCUUAGAAGACGCUGGAGUAACUGUAAACUCCCUGACUCCUGGAAUAGUUAAAACAAAUCUUGGUCGACAUAUAAAUAUUCCUUUCUUAGUAAAGCCAUUCUUUAACUUAGCCACAUGGGCUUUCUUUAAAACACCUUUAGAAGGAGCUCAGUGCUCUGUCUACUUGGCUUGCUCUUCAGAUGUAGAAGGUGUUUCUGGGAAAUGUUUUGCUAAUUGUAAAGAAGAAGAAUUACUGCCUAAAGCAACAGAUGAUGGUGUAGCAAAGAAACUGUGGGAUAUUAGUGAAGUUAUGGUUGGACUGACAAAAUAAAUGUAUAGUUCUUUGCAGAGUUUGACAAGUUGAACCAAGUAUGGUGUGCAUUUUUUUGCACAUUCAUUAACGCCAUCUACGACCAUCCAAGGUUUAAUUUCUGUGUGAUGAACCAUUUGAGCUCUUGACAGUACUAUUUUUUUAACUGGUAUUUUAUUUUUCAAUGUAAGAUAAUUGUGUCCAUUAUUCCAGAGAAGCUAUAAAUAAUCAGGAGGUUGGUAGAAAACACCCUUUGUGAUAAACAGGGGCAGGCCAUUUUUAAGUUUAACUUAUGAGAAAAUUUUGGUUGUUUUCUUAGUAAAUGGGUUAAACACAGCUGUUGUAACUUUUGCACAUUGGUAAUUAUGCCUUCAAAAAGGCAUCUAUGAUUCAUUUUUGUCCUUGUUCCAUACAAACAGGACAUUUUAAGCACAGAUUUAAUCUGUUGGCCACACACCCUGCCAGCCAUUUUCUCCAAAUUGGAAAUAUUUGGUUUGUGAUUGUUUGGUACAGUGCUUCCUUUGGCAUCAACUCAGAAGAUCAGAACUAAAUGUUGUUUUUGUAUUUAAAUCCCCAUGGCAGUGAAACAUUUUGAUUCACUGAUCAGAGUGUUGCCAAGCACACUAGAUUUACAAUGAUAUAUUAUGGAGCAGUCUCUUUAAAAAGUACAUUGAUGACUAAAUAUGGGAGUAAAGAUUUAAGAAUUA